CUUGGGUUGUUUUGGGCCAUAAGUAUGUCUAGAAAUUAGAUGGGCUGAAGUAAAUAACAGUAAUCUUCGUUUUUACCAAGAGUAGAUAGUAAGCAUCUUUCUUGUUCACGGACCCCUGGCCCUCUAGUGCCGCAGCCAAGCGAAGCCUCCGGUUGUAUGUGAAUGCGAGUUGGAAUGAAUGAAUGAUGGCAACUGCACUUCCCUUGGUGAUUUCUCAUCCUGACCAACAACAACUACAAACUCCCCCUCUUUACAAAUGGCGAUUGCUUUUAUCUUACGACGGAACUCGAUUUUCUGGUUGGCAGUAUCAGCCGUCAACGCCAACGUUACAGGGCACCUUGGAGCAAGCCUUAACUCGAGUUACAAAACUAGAACGUAAGGAACUGUGUGUAAUUGGUGCUAGUCGGACCGACACAGGAGUUCACGCGCUUGGUCAGGUGGCACACUUUGUUACACCUUUCAAUUAUACAGAACUGCAGGGUAUGCACGCAGCGCUAAAUGGUCUUCUUCCUCCCGACAUUCGGGUUAGAGAAAUCAGCCCUGCACUUCCUGAAUUUCAUGCUCGGUUUUCAGUCACCGGGAAGAUUUAUCGUUACAUGAUUUAUAAUGAUACUGUGAUGGACCCGUUCCAUCGUCUAUAUGCAUUUCAUAAUCUUUCCAAGCUCAACAUUUCCGUCAUGAAGGAAGCUGCCAAGUAUUUUGUAGGGAGACAUGAUUUUUCUGCUUUUGCCAAUACACAACGUAAUGAUCGGGUACUUAGCCCAGUGAAGAAUAUAUUUCGAAUGGAUAUAACUGAAAAGGGACCCAUUUUGCAUAUUGAAGUUGAAGGAUCUGGGUUUAUGUAUAGGCAAGUCCGAAACAUGGUUGCUUUAUUGCUACAAAUCGGGAAGGAGGCAGUACCGCCAGAAAUUGUUCCAAAAAUUCUAGCAACAUGUGAUCGCAAGGAACUUGCAAAGGUUGCUCUUGUAGCUCCGCCUCAUGGUCUUUGUCUUGUCGAGGUCAAGUAUAAAGAGGAACAUCUUCCGCAUCCUGAGGAUGGACCCGCAACUAGUUUUGGUAGGCAUCAUAGUAUAAGCAAGUGUAAGCUGCAAUAUUACUGAAGUCUUCAUAUUCAUUUUUACAAACACUAAAAAGUAAUUUAGUAUGUGGAGAUUGAAAUGAGCGAAACGAGGUGAGAGCGUCAACAAUGCAAUGUCUAAACGGAUGAGGCAUCCCAUUCAUUGCUCACGAUCGGCACUAUAUCUUUACUAACUGCUGCACUUUCUCCCCGCUUUCAUGCAACCAAAACAUGCCAAACUUUCAUGCUCAAAUUCUUUUAAAUAAUGUGCCUCCAUCACUUGUUUCAACUUAUAUUAUAAGAGCAGAAGCGUGAACUUA